AUGUGGACGCGCGUGCUUCUCGCGGCUGUAGCCUUCGGCCACGCACGAGGCCUGAAGCCGCAACACCCGAUAUUCGAAUCAUGCGCCGCCAGUCCACUGCUCCCCGACUCUCAAAUCGCCUGCGGCAAAGGUACAGUCCUGACAUCAACGGCGCCGACCCUUGACAGACUCGCCGCAAACAGGACCGCCAAAGGGCCGAAGAAGGACAUUUGGCGUUCGGAUGAAGGCUGGCAUGGCCCUCACGCGUGCGCCGGAGUCUACUGCGUCUAUUCGCGGCCGUCGUUCGCCAGCGGCCGCGGCAUCGUCCUCGUGAGCACGGCUUACAACGCCGAGGAAGCAUCUCAUCUCUCUGCCUUUGCCACGGACUCGAUCAAGGGCGAGGGUGACAGCGAACUAUUCCGCGUGGUCGAGAUGCCCGGGAAGGGACUCGGUCUCGUUGCGAACCAGCCGAUUCGGCGCGGGCAGCGGAUCAUGGCGCAUCCGCCGGCGGUGGUCGUACAUCGCAGAUUUGUCGAUGAGAUCGAUCUGGAGGGUCAGUACCGCCUGCUGGACGUCGCCGCCGCGCAACUUCCCGAGGAAACUCGUAAGGCGUUCAUGGCGCAGAUGGGUCAGGCCGCAGCCCACAAGUCCACGGGACAAAAAGUCCACGACAUUAUGCACACAAACUCAUUUGAGCUGGGCCUCCGGAUCAAAGACGGCCAUCAUUUUGGCAACUAUCCGGAAGUGUCGCGGUUCAACCAUGACUGCAGACCAAAAAUGUGGGAGAUUGAGCAGCAGCUUAGCCACUGGAACGGGGAGAAGGUCGACGAGGAGAUGAUUGAGCAGCUGAUCACGCUGUAUAGGCAGGAGCAGCUGGAUCAGUCUCACGGCUCUGACGCCUUCCGGUUGGCCGCGUUGAACUACAACUCCCUGGGGAUGGAAGAAGAGGCGCUGCGGUAUGCAAAGCUUGCCGAGGAGCAGUUGUUGCUUGAAAGGGGGCCGUGGUCGAAACAGGUCAAGGACAUGAGAGACUUGUUGCAGGAUCCAAAAGCGCAUUACAGUUGGCGGCAGAGAGUCUAG